GUAAUAAAACCCACAACUUAAAAAAGCUCGUCGUAUAAAUAUAAAAGCCAACUGCGCAGUUAAUUGCUAAAAGUAAAAGUAUUUUCGGAUAUUUUUUUUACCUGCUUCUAGAUUAAUUUUCGCGGUUUAUCAUAAGAAAUGGAUCUUUUAGCCAUCGUUGGUUUGAUAGUCGUGAUCUAUUUUCUUAUAUAUAUGAUAUGUCCUUGGUUUUUAGAGUGUGAUUUAAAUCUCGCCUUACACGAGAAAUUUGGAAAAUCCAUAAGAUCUUUAGAAGAAAAAGUAGUGUGGAUAACAGGAGCAUCGAGUGGAAUUGGAGAACAUCUUGCCUAUGUUUUAGCAGAUGCCGGUUGUAACUUAGUUCUAUCCGCACGAAGGAAAGAGGAACUAGAUAGAGUGAAGGCCAACUGCCUUCGAAGAAAUCUAAAUUUGAAUGACUCGCACAUCUUAGUAAUUCCUCUAGAUAUUUGCAAAAUUAGUAAUCAUGAAACAGCAUUUAAAGAAGUUAUCAGUAAACUUGGAAGGUUGGAUAUACUUGUAAAUAAUGCGGGUCGUUCUCAACGAGCGCAAUGGGAGCAAAUCGAACUCUCCGUCGAUAAAGAAAUGUUCGACUUAAAUGUGUUCUCGCAAAUUUCUUUAAGUAGAUUGGUGGGAAAAUAUUUUUUGGAAGUAGGAGCAGGUCACUUAGUAGUCACUUCCAGUUUUGCUGGUCUUGCGGCAGUGCCAUAUUCUGGAACUUAUUGUGCAACUAAGCAUGCGUUACACGGAUAUUUUAAGAGUUUUAUGAUUGAAAAGUUGGGUCAAAAUGUACCAGUCACUAUGAUAUGCCCAGGACCAGUACAAACUGAUUUCUUGUCCGUAGCGUAUACAGACAAAUUUGGAGAAACGUAUGGGGAAAAUACAAAAGUAAGCGUCAAAAAUAAAGUUAGCGUCGAACGAUGCGCUGUACUGAUGGGGAUUGCAAUAGCGAACCAACUUCCUGAAGUAUGGAUUUCCAAGCCAAUGGUGCUUCAACUAUUGUACCUGAAUAUUUAUUACCCAAAUAUAGGAACAUGGAUAUUUAAAGUAUUAGGACCAACAUUUUUGCAACGUUUGCGGGACGAUAAAGCAAAAAUUUAACAAGAACAUCGAAUAUUUCACAUUUGUCUUACUUUGUUUUACUCUGUUGUGUAUGUCGAUGAACCGAUUCUAACUUUGGAAAUUUCUUAUACAUCUUAUUUUGGGUAACUCUGUUGGAGAGAAGAAGUAAAAUAAAUUUUACAUAAAUAACA